UGUAUGCACUAUAGCCCCAUUAGUCUAUUCUCUGUUGCCCUGAGAAUCUGUUUGCUACCACUGUGAAUUCCAUCUUGACCAAAGCUGAUAGUGUUAAUUCCGCAUUUUGUUGUUACAGCCUAAAUUCUAGAUUUUUCUUUCUUCGCCAAUCUACACACAAUACCCCAUAAUGACAAAGUGAAAACAUGUUUUUGAAAUUUUUGCAAAUGUAUUGAAAAUUAGAUGCAGCAAAAUCUAAUUUACAUAAGUACUCUGCCUAGAGCUGGACCUCUGACCAAACUGAGGAAAAAAGUCAAGGGGUAUGAAUACUUUCUGAAGGAACAGCCUAUCUGACCCAGUUUAUCAGCAGAACAAGACCAAGGCCAGAAAGGCACAUCAGAAAGGGAAGCUAAUAUCAACCCUUACUUUGCAUUCAUGCUUACAUUAUGGCUCAAGAACAGUUUGCUUGAUGGUGCUAUUCGCACUGUGAAAUUGCCUGCUUUUUUAAAAUAUUUUUUUUACUAUACCGAAGGGACCUACCUCCCUGCUGAGCCACAGCUUUGAGAGAAACACCUACACAUACACCUACAGACCUCAAAUGAAUGACAGUCACAGCACCAUGUGUUACAUACUUUAGAUCCUCCUUUAUGACGUCAAGUCAGGAUAGGCAGCAUUCCAACACCUACAUUUCUCAUUAGUAAAAGCACUGUGUCCUCCCCAAGGCGUCGUUGUCGUUUGUAUCUGCAUUCAGCCAAAUCAUAUCUCUCCUUGUGUUUAAGUGCGUUUUAAUCACAUUUAUUGUUUUGGUCUGUCCUGAGGUAUUUCUGUAAUAUAAUAGGCUGGAGAAAUGUCUUUAUGAUGAAUGAACCUUAACACCAAACAAACAAGUGUUUCCCCCUGUAGUCCCCCUAAUGCAGAAACUAACAGAAACUAUAAUGGGUGGGAAGUACUGAAACAAAUAAUGAGCCUCAUCAGCAUUUGACUUUGUGUUUGUUCUCAUGAGGGUGUCUUGAGAGUCAAUAAAUAUAUUUGCCCUGCAGGUCAGACAUGGAACAUAGCUGCAAAUGUGAAAUGAAUGGUAAUUUGUGUAAAUAUAGGUUUAGGAUCAACACAGAUUCUGUCUAUUCUCUGGUCUGUCUGACUAAUUUACAGAUUGCGAUUUCAGCAGCAGGUUGCAGCUGUGUAGUUGACGAAUCUCUGAAAAUACCCCUUGACUUUUUCCACAUUUUGUUGUGUUACAAAGUGGGAUUAAAAAUGAUUUAAUUGUCAUAUUAUGUCAAUGAUCUACACAAAAUAUACUCUAACUGGCACAAAAAUGCAACUUUUUUAUAUUAAUGGAAAAUAAAAUACUAAUAUAUUUUGAUUAGGUAAGUAUUCACCCCACUGAGUCGAUGCAUGUUAGAAUCAACUUUGGCAGCGAUUAUAGCUCUGAGUCUUUCUGGGUAUGUCUCUAAGAGCUUUACAAAGCUUUACAAACCAGGAUUGUAAAAUAUUUGCCCAUUUAUUCUUUUAAAAAUUAUUCCAGCUCUGUCAAGUUGGUUGUUGAUCAUUGCUAGAUAGCAUUUUUCAAGUCUUGCCAUAGAAGAUGUUCUGAAUGUUUGGUAUACUCAGUGUAUAUUUGGCCUUGUGUUUCAGGUUCCUGGUCUUCCUGAAAGGUGGAUUUGUCUCCCAGUGUCUGUUGGAAAGCAGACUGAACCAGGUUCUCCUUUAGGACUUUGCCUGUGCUUAGCCCUAUUCUUUUUAUUUUUAUCCUUAAAAAAAAUACUCCCUACUCCCUGACGAUGACAAGCAUACCCAUAACAUGAUGCAGCCACCACCAUGCUUGAAAAGAGUGUGACUCAGUGAUGUAUUGUGUUGGAUUUGCACCAAACAUAACACUUGGUAUUCAGGACAUAAAGUUAAUUUCUUUGCCACAUUAUUUUACAGUAUCACUUUAGUGCCUUAUUGAAAACAGAAUACAUGUUUUGGAAUAUUUGUAUUCUGUACAGGCUUCCUUCUUUUCACUCUGUCAUUUAGGUUAGUAUUGUGGAGUAACCACAAUGUUGUUGAUCCAUCCUCCAGUUUUCUCCUAUUACAGCCAUUUAACUCUGUAACUGCUUUAAAUCACCAUUGGCCUCAUGGUCAAAUCCUUCCUUCCUCUUCCUCAACUGAGUUAGGAAGGACACCUUUAUCUUUGCUGUGACUGGGUGUAUUGAUACCGCAUCCAAAGUGUAAUUAAUAACUUCACCGUGUUCAAAGGAAAAUUCUAUAUCUUAUUUUUUUAUACUUUUUUUUUAGCCAUCUUCUUUGCAAACCAUUGGAAAACCUCCCUGCUCGACUGAGAGACCUUACAGAUAAAUUGUAUGUGUGAGGUACAGAGAUGGUGGUAAACACCAUUAUUUCACCCAGUUAGUCCAUGCAAUUUAUCUGACUAGUUCAGCAAAUGUUUACUUCUGAAGUUAUUUAGGCUUGCCAUAACAAAGGAGUUUAAUACUUAUUGACUCUUGACAUUUCACCUUUCCAUUUUUAUUAAUUUGUAAACAUUUCUAAAAACAUAAUUCCACUUUGACAUUAUGGGGUAUUGUGUUAAGAUCAGUGACACAAAAUCUACAUGUAAUACAUUUUAAAUUCAGGCUGUAACAACAAAAUGUGGAAAACAUCAAGGGGUGUGAAUACUUUAAAGUCACGGUAGUUGUUUCACUAACUCACCUGACUACUGUGCAAGCUGUUGUCAACCGUCACAACACACACCCACACACAAUCACACAUAUACCUGACUAGCUGGAAGUACCUUCUUUGGCAGUGGUGACAGCAGCUUUGUUGGACAGUCACAAACUUAUUUCAUUCUUUCAACUCCAUUGCAGAAGAAAGAUAUACGGGCUUCUGGUAGGAGAAAAUGAUGGCUGAGGCGGGGGUCCUGGAGAUGUUUUCGGAGCAGGAGCUGACCUGCUCCAUCUGCUUAGACCUGUUCAACGACCCAGUGUCGACGCCCUGCGGACACAACUUUUGCCAGGGUUGCAUCGGAGGCUACUGGGCCUCCAGCACCACCUGCACCUGCCCGCUCUGCAAGCACCAGUUCCCCGAGCGGCCUCAGCUCAACAUCAACCGAGUCUUCGCCCAUAUCGCUGAGAAAUACAAAGAAGCUCACUACGGCACAGGAAAGCCGCACAUGUCGGACGUGAAUACACCGGGAGCCAUGGCCAACAGCAACCCGUUCCUGGAGGAGAUGAUCAAAUGUGAUGUGUGUACAGGGAAGAAACAAGUGGCGAUCAGCUCGUGUUUGACCUGCACGGCCUCCUACUGCGAGGCCCAUGUGCAGCCUCACCUGAACACGCCCUUCUAUGCCAACCACCAGCUCCUGGAGCCCCGGGAAGCGCUUCGCGGCCGCACCUGCCCAUUGCACCACCGGCUUCUGGAGGUGUACUGCCGCACGGACCAGAUCUGUAUCUGUGCCAUCUGUGUGCUGGAGGAGCACCGCACACACCGCACCGUGUCUGUGCAGACAGAGCGAGUCAACAAACAGAAACUCAUUGGAAAGACGGAACUGGAGAUUCAGAACCGGAUUGAGGGGAAGCACUUCCGUCUGAAUGAGCUCAAGAGCCGACUGGAGACCGUCAGGAACUAUGCACGGGGUGAGAUGUCGGAGGUGGAGCAGUUGCUGGGGGAGCUGAGUCGCUCGGUGGACAGGAUCCGUGAAGAGCUGGUGGGCGGGAUGGAGGAGAAGCGGGCGUCAGUGGAAACACGGGGGGAGGGGCUAGUGACCCGUUUGGAGGCGGAGCUUGGCCAGCUGAAGGUGCGGCGAUCCAGACUGGAAGCCCAGGCCACGUCUGAGGACCACAUUGGCUUCCUCCAGAGUUUUGAGGAGGCGAGUGCCCCCAUACAGGCAGACUCUGACACCCAGGAGUUGGAUGCCGAGGCGGAGGUGUCACUGCAUUUCUCUCUGGGGGAGGUGAAGGUGGCUCUGGGGGAAUUGAAGAAGAGUAUGGAUGAGAUCCGCAUGGGGGAGGUGCAAUCCCGAAGCUCCCUUACUUCCCUACGGGAGAGCGACAGUAUGAUGAGUAUACAGACACUACGGACCACUAAGAGUCAGUGGUCUCUACGAGAUCUAAAAAAGAUCAAAUCUGGAUCAGGGCUGAAGAAGAUCCAGUCUUAUUUAGAGGAUGUGACGCUAAACCCAGUGACGGCGUACCCCUUCCUCAUCCUCUCUGACGACAGGAAGCAGGUAAAGAGAGGAGAGAAACUGCAGUUCUACAGGAACAGCACCCAACGCUUCGACGUCUGGUCUUGCGUGCUGGCCAAAGAGGGCUUCAACUCGGGGCGACACUACUGGGAGGUGAAUGUGGGUGAGAAUAAAGACUGGAAGGUGGGCGUGGUGCGGGAGUCAGCCCAGAGGAAAGGGCUGUUUGACAUGAGCCCUAAUAGUGGUUACUACGCCCUCUGGUGGGGGGGCACCCACCUGCGCGCCCUCACUAUUCCUGCCCUCACCAAGGUUAAGACAUCGGUGCGCCUCCGCAGAGUGGGUGUCUACCUGGACUGUGAGGAGGGUCAGGUGACCUUCUACAAUGUCAAGACUGGCUCGGAGGUGUACAGCUUCAGCGUGCCUGAGUUCUCUGAGAGGAUGUUUCCUCUACUGGGCACUGGGGACAGGGAGGUGCCCCUGGCUCUCAUGAUCACACAGUGUAGCAGCGUGCCCGAAUGAGAGGAUAGUGAGAAUGAAUGGUGAGAUGACAUGAGUGUGUGCAUGCAUAGACAAUUUAUGAAAGUGAAAAUGUGUUUUAGGGUGAAUUUGCUUGAAGAUUAAAGUGUGGUUAGCUUGGAUGAGUCAGUGGGAAAGUGAGUGCAAGUUUGAGUGGAUGAUGAACAUAUUGGUGAAAAUAUUUUAGGUUGAUUGUGCUUGAAGAUGAGGUAUGUGAGAUGGCAGAAGGGGACCAAGAGAAAUGGAGUCGUAUGGCGUGAAAAUAAGAUGGAGAGAAGUCUCAUCUUUACAUUUUGCCUGCAACCUCCAAUUCAGCUGUUGGCAUUGUCCAGUACCCACUGAACAUUUGACUCAUUGCACACACACUGGUUCACAAUGCACUGAAAAGCAGGUGAUGGGGCAAACACUUGUGUGGAAUCUUUUAAUUACUUCAUGGUCAGGAAUCAGUAAGUCAGAAUUGAUAUCUGAAAUCACAAUGGUACACUUGUAUUCUAACCCUCUUUGUUGUCACAAUUUUCUAAUAUUUGUGUCAAAAUGGCUUCAGUCUAAGGUUCUUAUUUAUCUUGGUGGAUAGGUCCAGCUGUGUAGUGUUAGACAAAAACGUGCACCCCUUGGGGUCCCGAGGACCGAGUUUGGGAAACGCUGCACAACCUACUUUUGUUCUAUAUCUGGAAUUGAAUUCUGUCCUAUUUGCAGCAUUGUGUACAUGUUUUACAGUUGUCAGAAUGGUGGACGAUGAUCAUAGACAUUUGCUUAAUGACUAUCCUUACACAAUUCAAGUGGACAACUGUGAAAGAUGCUAUUAGCUUGUAAGGCUAUUUACAGCAAUGAGUUGGUAAUUUAUUUUGUGGCAGUAUUGCUUGUUAUCGUCUGUUCUGUCCCAUGUGUUUUUAAAUAUUUUAACAAUAAAAAUGUAUUGGGUGG